UUAAGUGGAAAGCGGAAGUAAAGUCCGACAUUUUGAAAAGGUGGGACGUAAGAGAGCUGGCUGGAGGUUCGGGAUUUGAGCCUGUCGGGGGAACCGAAAUGGACUCCGAUUCAGAAGUGGAGGGGAUCCUACAGGGGAGCCGGAACCAGGAGAGACCUCCCUCUAGCUAUGGCUCCAUGAAGAGUGAUGAGGAGGAAGAGGACGAGAACAUCACAGAGGCGCAGCGCUCAUUUGGCAAAUCGGAACUACACACCUUCACUACAUAUACAGGGGUCCAGCUGAACCGCAACGUGUCUCCAGAGACGGUCUUCACUGAGAUCACACACCAGCAGUCUGUCAGCAAGCACCCCCAAGUGGGAACCUUCGUCACAGAGAGAUGUGCGGAGGAGGAGGAAAAAAGGGAUGAGAGCAGCCCCAUCCAGGUAGACUCCCCUGAGCCCCCGCCCUCCGUCGAGCCUGAGGACGAAUCACAGGAAGAGGGUGAUGACGAGCAACAGCCAGGCAAGCUGCACCCUGAAUUCGACCUGCCCUACAUAUUCAAGUCCAUGCAGAGUUGUCUGACAUCCCUGGUUGGUCCUGAGUUACACCUGUUUAAGCGCUACUUAUGUGGGCGCCACCCCUCCUUCACCAUGACUGACCUGGAGGAGAGCGAUACGCUGGACAUAGUGGAUAAGAUGCUGGAGCGCUUCGGUAAACUGCAAGGGCUGCGGGUGGCGAUCCGCAUGCUGGAGAGCAUGAAGAAACCUGAGCAGGCCCAGGAACUGGAGAAGAAGUGCAAGAGAGCUGUGAUCCAGUAUGAGUUGAAGUGUGAUCUGAUCCGGAGACACAACUGUAUCUUUGAGGGUGUACCCCGGGCAGGCCAGCAUAUAUACCUGAAGUACGUCUACGUUGAACCCCAAAUCUCCACCCAAGGUUACGGCGGGGUUAAUCCGUUGCACGAGGUCUGGUCCGAUCCUCCCAACCCUCCCCAGGUUGCCUCCCCAGACAGCAUGAUUGGUGGGAAUAACAUUUUCCGUCUCCGGUCCAUGAAUGGGUCUCCAGUACGAUGCGUUCUGACCACGGGGGUGCCCGGAAUCGGAAACUCUGUGGCGGUCCAGAAGUUCAUGCUGGAUUGGGCAGAGGAUCGGGCUAAUUUCGACAUUCAGUUUGUGUUCCCGUUUCCGUUCCGGGAGAUGCAGUCGCUGAGGGAGCGGAACAUAGUUGAGAAGAAGGACAUCAGUAUGUUGGAGCUGCUGCAGACGUACCACAAUGAGACACGCUCCAUGGACUUUCUGGAGCAGCCAGACUGCAAGGUGCUGUUUGUCAUGGACGGGAUCGACAUCUACCAAGGAAAUCUUGAUUUCAAGAACACUCCUGUUGUGACUGACAUAGAGGCUGUUAUUCCCCUGGACUCCCUGUUGGUAAAUCUGAUCCGAGGCUCUCUGCUGCCGCACGCCCUCUUGUGGCUGACUGGGAGACGUGCAGCUACCAAUCAGAUACCUCCUGAGUACAUCCACCGUGUCACUGAGAUACAGGGUUACAGUGACGAGCAGAAGGAUGACUAUCUGACCAUGCGUUACUCGGACAAGUCUCUGGCUGCUAAGAUCAUCAGACACACCAAGAGCUCCCCCACCAUCUACACCCUGUGUCAUAUUCCCUUCUGCUGCUGGAUGGUUGCCAUGGUGUAUGAGAGGGGUUUCCGUAACCAAGAUGACUACGGAAACGAGCCCCCCAAGAUUACGUCCUUCUUCAUCCACUACAUGAUCAUCCAGAACAACCGCAAGCUGGAGAAAUACCACGGGCAAAACCCCAACUCACAGAAAUGGACGGAAAUGGACAAAAUGUUCAUGUUGACACUGGGUCGCCUGGCUCUGAAGCUGUUGGAUAAUAACCGCUCUGUGUUCUAUGAAGAGGACCUGAAUGAGCACAGUCUGCUGGUGAGGGAGGUGGCCUGGUGUUCGGGCCUGUGCACUGAGCUUCCCAGGACGAAUGCCAAAGACAAGCGGGUCUUCUGCUUCACACACCUGAGCUUCCUGGAGUUCAUGGCUGCACAUUAUGUAUGGCUCACCUUCCGUCUGGAGGAGCGGAACGUACUAGACCAGUCCUACCGCGUCUCCAAGCUGUUCAAGGAGCACUCUCUGGUGGACAUGUACCGCAAAGCCGUUGACCGUUACCUCAGCGCUCCUGUCGGCCAGUACGACCUGUUCCUGCGCUUCCUGUGUGGCUUGUCCAUGACGCUCAAUGACGGUCUGCUCCGAGGGAUGCUGUUCCCCCAUAACGCCCCUCCACUGAAAGGUCUGGAGGACGUGGCCAGGCUGCUGACUAAGAGGAAGGUUAGCGCAGGGCCAGAGAGACAGCACAAUCUUAGCGAAUGCCUCAGGGAGCUGGAAACGUCAGAGGACUGAACAGUCUCCUGCUGUUAGCAAACAUGUUUGAUCAUUUGUCUCUGAUGCACUGAACUCUGGUUUGUAAAAGGAAAGGUAAUGAGACUGAAGUAUUGGUUAAGUCUCUGUGCCCCGCUGAAACCAAAACAAUGAACAUUCAGUGUGUCUCAUCUAACUACCAGACAGACCGAGAGAAAGAGAAGGCAUAAAUCACAAAUGUGUCUUACCAGAAAGAGUUAAUCAUUGUGUCUGAACAAACUCUGUGACUGUGCUGAGUCUGUUGGAAGGACUAAUAUAUAACCCGUUAACUAGCAGUCAAGAUAAAGACCACGGUGCUUGUUAGACUUGUGUGGCCAUACAGCCCGUUCAUCCUCUACUCAACAAGAUGACACACUAGAGGACGGAUGCAGACAGUAGUGACCCUAGUUGCACAAUCUGUUAUGUAUUGCUUUUCCAUCACUGACACUAACAGUUAUACUUCUAGUUGUAGUACAAGAAGAAUCAGGUAUUUAGUUAACAUUUUCAUUAUUCAUUUAAUUAACAAACUUGGUGGAAAGGGAGUGUUUUAUGUUCACACCUUUGUGUGUGUUUAAAUUACAUGACAUGUGUGUGUUUAAAUUACAUGACAUGUGUGUGUUUUAAAUUACAUGACAUGUGUGUGUUUUAAAUUACAUGACAUGUGUGUGUUUUAAAUUACAUGACAUGUGUGUGUUUUAAAUUACAUGACAUGUGUGUGUUUUAAAUUACAUGACAUGUGUGUGUUUUAAAUUACAUGACAUGUGUGUGUUUUAAAUUACAUGACGUGUGUGUUUUAAAUUACAUGACGUGUGUGUUUUAAAUUACAUGACAUGUCUGUGUGUAUUGGGGUGAAAGGUUUACAGUAGUGCUAGGAGAUAUGAAAAAACAUUAUCCAUAUCACAAUAACUGUCUGAAUUAUCACGAUAAUGAUGAAUUGAACGAUGUUUAUUCAUGUGAACCAGUUAGGUUUUUAUAUUACCCUUAGUAGGGCUGACUCCAAUUGGUCGAUUGUUUGGUCGUUAGGCUGUUGGUCGACUGAGAUUGUUUUAGUUGCGCAGUAACAAAUAGGUGAAAAUAUCUAUAUAUAUUUUCACCUAUCUCAGUGAACUAAUUGCUGAGGCCUAGACCAAAAGACAAUUUAUGCUCGAUUCGAAAAUGUGGUGGAGCCUCCAGAGGCCAAAUCGAGCUCUAUAGCGCUUCACUAUGCCCCUCCCAGAUGUUGUAACAAUGUGGAGGGCUCUGUAUAGCUCCACGUUGACGUGAUUGUUUGACGGUAGAGGAGGGUGGUACAUCCUGUAUAAACACACUCCCCUGACAACAGCACUGCUCCGCAAGCAGUAUGAAUGUCCUGACUUCUGCCCAGGCCGUUCUUGCCCCGACUUCUGCCCAGGCCGUUCUUGCCCCGACUUCUGCCCAGGCCGUUCUUGCGCCGUCUUCUGCCCAGGCCGUUCGUGCCCUGACUUCUGCCGAGGCCGUUCUUGCCCCGACUUCUGCCCAGGCCGUUCUUGCCCCGACUUCUGCCCGAGGCCGUUCUUGCCCCGACUUCUGCCCGAGGCCGUUCUUGCCCCGACUUCUGCCCGAGGCCGUUCUUGCCCCGACUUCUGCCCGAGGCCGUUCUUGCCCCGACUUCUGCCCGAGGCCGUUCUUGCCCCGACUUCUGCCCGAGGCCGUUCUUGCCCCGACUUCUGCCCGAGGCCGUUCUUGCCCCGACUUCUGCCCGAGGCCGUUCUUGCCCCGACUUCUGCCCGAGGCCGUUCUUGCCCCGACUUCUGCCCGAGGCCGUUCUUGCCCCGACUUCUGCCCGAGGCCGUUCUUGCCCCGACUUCUGCCCGAGGCCGUUCUUGCCCCGACUUCUGCCCGAGGCCGUUCUUGCCCCGACUUCUGCCCGAGGCCGUUCUUGCCCCGACUUCUGCCCGAGGCCGUUCUUGCCCCGACUUCUGCCCGAGGCCGUUCUUGCCCCGACUUCUGCCCGAGGCCGUUCUUGCCCCGACUUCUGCCCGAGGCCGUGUCACCGUAAAUGCUGCACGGCCAAUGCAGACAUCAAAUUGACCAUGCAGCACCCAGAUGCACAAUGCACUUCUCUCUCCAGAAUGCACUUCUCUCCCGCCAAUUUGUGCACAUUUGUUUCAUAUUGUGUGAGUGGUUUGAUUGUUAGUGUAUAUCACUUCCCCAUAUCACCAGUAGUAUGUUUACCGUUAAUUCCUAUAAUUUCUAAUCUACAAUGUUUGUUACUUUGGUUACGGUAGUUUAUUUUAAUGUAUUCAAUAUAUUAUUCCAGUCUUCCUGUUCUCAUUGUCUGAGUGGACACAUUGUUUGCAGACUGCACAACCUAUGCUACACUUGUGAGAAAUUUUGGGGAGUUUGUUUCAGUCCAUUUAUGAGUUUUAUCAAUUCAAUUUUGUCAUUGACUUUUGUUUGGAGCGCUCCUGUCAAUGUUGAGUAAGGACUGGCACGCAUAGACUACGUGGCCUGAUUUACACACAGAAGUAGGCCUAUAGGCACCGUGGCCUGAUUUACACAUAGAAGUAGACCUAUAGGCUCCGUGGCCUCAUUUACACAUAGAAGUAGACCUAUAGGCUCCGUGGCCUCAUUUACACAUAGAAGUAGACCUAUAGGCUCCGUGGCCUCAUUUACACAUAGAAGUAGACCUAUAGGCUCUGUGGCCUCAUUUACACAUAGAAGUAGGCCUAUAGACUACGUGGCCUGUGUGCAAAUGUAGGCAUAUAUAUAUGUGCUCAUUUGGGGAUCUGAUAGUAUUUCUGAUUGUCUUAAUGCACCACCACUAAUGACCUGUGGAGCUUCUCAAAGUAAUGUUUUCUUCACCUCAAACAGCAAGCAAAAAAAUUCUGUUUUUACAUACAUUGAUAAUUACAAUAGUUCCUCAAUGUAUUUGAAAAAUAUAUAUUUUUUUAAAUCAGGAUAUUUUCUGUUUUUAUUUGUUUGCUGUAUGCAGGCUAUUUUUACAUUGUUGGCAAUGGCAAUUUAAGUUACUUUUUAGGUUUAUCAUUUUAAUUUAGAUUUGGAUGAAAUUUGUUAACCACAUGACAAUGAUUUUAUGAUAAGACCUUAUAAAUUAAAUGAAACCAUUCCACGAACAUGUGCAUAUGAAAACCAUAACUGGCACGCAGAUCAGUAGAAAUUGUAAGAUAAAUUGUCAUUUCCACAUGAGAAAAGGCUGCAGACUCCUCGUGUAGCAUAUUACCGGCAACUUCAGGAGAGUAAUGGCAGAAUCUGCUGGAGGAGAAUAGUUGGGUCAGGUUUUUUUCUUCUGGUUAUCUAGAUCUCUUGCGCCCUCUUGAAGCAUCAACCCGUAAGCUUAAAGCAUCAGACAAGCGCAAUGCAUAUAGUUGAUUUUAUCAAAACACAUGGUGUGUAUAAAUGGAAAAAUGCACGUUUAAAUGUUGAGCAAUCGAUUGGUCGAAAUUAACAUGACUUUCGGUCAAGUAAGAUUUUUUUUUUUUUGUCGGACAGCCCUAACCCUUACAACUACUUAAAUGUUGCAGCUAUUAAUUGUCCCAUGAACAAUAACCCAUAUUAGCAAACUUAUUUCAUUUCAAACUUCACAUUUCUUUAGUAGGGCCCUAUAGGUUAUUUGGGUAAUUCUGCGGAAAUUGUGGAUUUUGAUGAGCCAACAUUACUUAUUUUUUUUACCAAAACUUAGUCAAGUUAACCCUUUACCAUUCUAAAUCAACAUAAAUGCCAGCUUAAUAUAUUUUCAUAUUUUUUGUCGCUGGUGUUACCUAUAUUUUAGAUGACAAUUCAGGCUUUCCUGAAUGUAAUUUCACAAUUUAAUUUGCAUAUAUAAUCAGACAGAAGGUUUAUGCUAAUAUGAAGAAAUUCUUUUGAUUAUAAAUCAUUUAUUUUAAACCGG